CCUGGAUCUCCCCCCUCUGCAAGCCCACAGACGCUUACAGAAAACAUUCCGUCCAGCACUGUGAGAUUGCCUGCAGCAUCAGCAAUGACCACUCCCGAGGUGGAGACUGACCAGACAGCAACAACCAAACUCUCAGACAUCACUGUGGUCAUCAUUGUGUCUGUUAGCCUGGCUCUUCUGGUUUGCGCCAUCAUUCCGCUGAUGUUCUAUAGGAACUGGAAAAGUAGUGCAGAAGCUCAGGGCAGAGCAGGCGCAAACAAAGAAGAUGUCGAGGGAAUGUCACCAGUAAGGCCGCAUCGCGUUCAAUCACCUGGUGGCCUGCAAACUAAUGGGCAGAAUCUUUCCUUGCUUGCCACAUCUUCCAUUCAGCCAGCCAGAUGAGGAAAAUCUAGACUGGAUAGGUUUUUUAUUGGUUUGUCUUUCUUGUCUUUCCUUUCCCUCGGCACUGACUACGACAAUGCCAACUUGUGAUCAAGAUGCCUUGCUAACAUCUUAAACUAGAGAUAAUUUGUUUAUACGUAAUACAAAGUACAACGAAAUGAAGAGGUGCAUAAGAGCACAGCAGCAAUGGUUUAGUUACUAAGUCAAACAGGGAAACGGCCAAACAAAUCCGUCAAUUGGUGGUCUGGUAAUACGAAGUUUUGUAUUGAUGCAAUUGUGAGUCAAAUUUGAAUAAAUAACAUUAAUAAUAAAUUGAGGACUAUGUAUGACAAGUCAUGAAACUAUUAUCCCUAAAGGGCUGUGAGUAGUACAGGGAUGCCAUUUAGCACAAUCUGAUUAGAAACAUGGGGAAUAAUUUGAGGCAGUGAAAUAGCUUUUCUGUGAAAAAUAUGACAACAAAAUUGAGUCAUUUUAGGAUUAGGCUGCACCAUGAAAUAUAGGCCAGUCGAGGGCGCUAUAAACAUGAAAAAGAUGAGCAACGUUUCAUCUUCUCAGCUGCCCCUCCUUGCGAUGGUCUUCAUAGUGGUGAAAAAAGUGUGUGUGAAAAAUACAACAGUCUUGUUAACUCAAUGGAUGGUUGACUUCAUGCAGGUAUUGCAAGUAAGCGUUAUUAAAUGUUGCACACUGUUCAAUUCCUGCCCUGUCCGAGUCAUGCAUGCAUCAUUGUGUUCUUGGAUAAGACACUUUACCCACCUUGCCUCCAGUAUCACUCACAUUGGUGUAAGACCCGGGUGUGAAUGGUGGAGGUUGGAGAGGCCAUAGGUGCACACUGGCAACCAAACCUCCCUCAGCCUGGCCCAGGGCAUCUGUGGCGAAAGAAUGUAGUUUAUCACCACCACCAAAGUGCGAGUUCGAGAAGGUAACAAGAAGGGGACAGAAAAAAAAAAAGAGAAAAAAAGCUACUGAGUCAACGUGUGUACAAUGGAAAAAUCAUGUAACCUUCAACAACCUGGGAAAGUAAAGUUGCCGAAACGAAGAACGCCAGUGUUAUGCAUCUUUCUCUUUGAGGGUGCAACACAUGGUCCCAUUUUCAGUGAAAGUAAUGGCUUACACAGUUUUAAAAAUAGAAGAUCAUAAAAGUAGUGUAUAUUCUUUAAAUCACCACUAUGUUGUAUUUUUGAUGCAUGGUUGUUGUUUCCUUUUGCAAAAAUAUUACACCAUCUUUUAUCUUAUGCAGGCUUAUUGGAUAAUCAGGAUACAAUAUUUUCACAAGGGCUGCAAUUCAUAUAGCUUUGUUGUGAGAUGCUGCUUGGUUCAUUGGAUUAUCUAAUUUGACUUUCACUUUUUUAACCAUAAUUACCCAGAAAAUAAUUUUCCUUACCUAAUUCAGUGCCUUGUCAAUCUUCCAAACUGUCAGACAUUCUGCCAGUACAAAUAUUAAAAAUAUUAAAGCACAGCUGUUUAUCUCCAUUUUGAAACAAUUUUGUUGUGGGUGCUUGUGUACAUUUUCAAGUCAUUUAAUUCUCACGUAUCUGUGUCCGGGAACGUUACAGUACUGUUGAUUGUUUUAAUAAACAUGUUUCUUCUCAUAAGUCAAGGGUUUUCAGGGGCACAGAGAAUUAACAGCGGAAGUGCAGUAGUAAUUGGAAAAAGGAACCAAGCAACUACCGAAAAAAGAACAACUUGAGAGACUAAACGUAAAAGAGAACUCAUGAGAGCAUGGAGAUACUUUUCCUUGUAAUCGCAUUUCUUAUGCAUGGGACAGCAAACACGGAGACGGAAGUCACAGGAAUAUCUGGGGAAAACAUUAUAAUAACAUGCUCUCGCGACGAUCGAUCUGAUGACAUCAAAUACUUCUGCGAGAAAAACUGUAAAUAUGAUGACGAUGUCCUAAUAAAAAGCAGAGGGAGGAGAUGGUAUUCAAAAGGAAGAUACAGCAUAAUAGAUGAUGGAAAAACAUUCAGAGUUAAAAUCUCUCAGCUGACAAAGAAGGAUGCUGGUACCUACUGGUGUGGAUGGGAACAAUGGAUUAAAGAUGAUUACGAAAAGGUUGUCCUCACUGUCAGAGAAGGAACAACAAAAGCACCCAACAAGACAACAACAAACCAAACUGAGCAAUUUCGUUCAAGUACUCCAUCCUCUACCAAACAAGACAAGCCAGCAACAAACCCAACUGAGCAAUUUCGUCCAAGUACUCCAUCCUCUAAGCCUGAUCGCGACAGCACUGCAAAACAAGACAAGCCAACAACAAACCCAACUGAGCAAUUUCAUCAAAGUACCCAAUCCUCUAUGAAACCAUUGUACAUUGGAGCAAUCCUUGGAGUAAUCACACUCACCCUGGCAUUAGUUCUUCUCAUAUACUUCAAAAAGCAAAAAAGGAAGAUUAGCACAUAUUCUGAAAAAGCAAUGGACGAGACCCCAGGGUAUGCAACGGUUUCCGGAGAAAAGAUCAAAUCAUCUGAUGCCCUGCCGUCAUCUACAGCUCAAAGCCAGGAUACCAGCAAAUAUAGUGAUUCCCUGAUUUCCCCAGACAGUCUAGUCUAUUCCACUGUCAGCCACAGCCAUAUGAACAGCAGCCAGGUCUCCAAACAGUCUCCAAACGUGACAUACGCCACCAUUCUCAUCACAAAUGAAUCUGAAUCAGUGUACUGCAAUGUCUGAGCGCAGUGCACAUCACCACUCUGAAGAAAUCUCAUAAACAUAUUAUGAUUGGAAAAGUUUUUGAUAAAAUAACGAAAUAACAUGCUUUAAUUUAUAACAGAAUAAAGAUGUUUGCCUGUA